AUGAGCGCCCUCGCGCACGCGGUCGGCUGCCCGACCGUCACUCGGGCCUGCGCGGGUGCAGCUCGCUCUAGGCCACCGAGUGCCUGCCUGGCGCGCGCGCCCCGGCGCGCCAAGCGCGGCGCCCAGGGCGGCGUCCGCUGCGCCUCUGCCGCAGCGCUGUCGGCGGGGUCGUUUGACGGCCUCGGACGGUCGCAGGACGACUCGUUCCCGCUCCAGGCGGGGUGGCUGCGCGAAGCCGUCAACGACCUGGUGCGCUUGGCGGCGCACAACAGCGCCGUCCUGCACGUCCUGGCCGGCGCCGACCCCUCGGGCCGGCCCCGCGCGGACCACUACCGCGUGGACCCCGCGGUCGCCAACGUUCCCAGCCUCUGGCCGGCCGUGGCGCGCCAUUUGGGCAAGAAGAACCAGGACGCCGAGGCGCUCGUGAUGGUCCACCGCCUCGGCGCGGCCAACAAGGGCGAGCAGGGCUUCGCGUGCGCGCUCGCCGACAAGCCGCGGAGCCGCGCGAUGAGCCCCGAGUCGCGCCGGCGCAGCGGCGAGCAGCAGCGCCUGGCGGCGGAGCUCGUCGCUGCUGUGGAGGGCGAGGGCGGCGUGGGCGCGACCUUCAUGGGCACGGUGGGCGACGAGUGCUGCCGCGGGGACGCCGGCGCGUCCUCGCACGGCGACGUCGUGGUGUACGACGAGUCGCGCAGCGCGUUCACGCUGCGCAGCAAGGUGGCCGACGGCGAGGGCUUCGAGCCGGAGCGGACGGAGGGCUCGGGCCCCGCGGAGGCGGAGGCGUACGGCGUGGUGGUGCAGACGCGCGCGCCCGGGGACCCUGCGCGCGGGUGCUACAUCCUGAAGCUCGUGCGGAGCUACACGCCGGACUGUCGCUGCACGCACUACUCGAUGACGCGGGUGUCGCGGAACGUGCCGGUGGACCUGCAGAUGAUGCGCGCGUGGCUCGUCUGA